CCGCUCUUAGUUUCAUUCAUGAACGUCUGGGUCGUAGUCAUAGCCAUAAUACAUUCGUAAUCUGUAUUGUGUACGGGUAUACCGCGUUAGUGCUGCCGAUGUGCGUGCGCCUCACAGUUGUACACGUGAUUUUUGUUUUGUGUUCAAUCCUCUUUUGGUGUUUUUCGUGUACAAUAUCCAGACAAUUGACACAGUUGCGCUUUUCACUGGAUUUUACGUUGGAGAACAGCAGAAAUGGAUAUGGAAUCCCUGUACGACUACGGGGAGGAGGAACAGGAUUUCUACGAGGAGAGUCCUGGUACCAGGAAGGGUUACCCGAUCGAUCAUAGAUCCAUCAAGCGCGAUGCUAGAAGCGUGGGCAGCUAUCUGGGAGGCGGCAGCAUUAGCGACGGUGGCGGCAUGUUGACGGUUAUGGCGAAGUUGAUGAAACAAGAGCUAGCCUCUGACGCCGAGGAAGAGGGCCUGGUGCCUGCCCUCUCUGGCAGAUUUACCUCGAUGCGAAAAGUACCCUCUCUCUCCGACCUGUCCGAUCCGGAGAGCUCCUUAGGUAAAUCUUACGAGGAAGGAGAGAAACAGGUAGCAACAGGUUGUGACGUCACGAGGCGCCACGCGACUCGGCUUCAUUCACCAAGAGGCAACCAGAGAGAGCCAGGCCGCAGAGGGUGGACCAGGAACUAA